AUGAAACCUCAAAUAAUUUUUCUAGGAUUACUGUAAGUUUUGGGAACAAUGAAAGAGGGCUCCAAAAUUAAUGUUAUUUUUCCAGAGAUCAGAAAUUGAAAUUUUUAAAAAUUUCUAGAUUAUCGAUUUUUCAGAUUGGUUUUGGGUGUUUUUGGAGAAAAUCCUUCUUCAACAGUCGAAACAACUAUAGCGAUUUCAACAUCCGCUGUAGAUUCCACACAAGCCUCAACAACCGUGGCAUCUGGUAGUUCAACUGAAUUAUUCACUGGAAGCACCAACACACCUGGCUCAACAAUUUCAAGCGGAACUGAUGGAACAACAGCAUCAUCUGCCCCUCAAGAUAGCACCACAUCUGGAAUUCCAGCUUCAACAACUCCAGCCGGAAGUACAACUCCUCCAACCCUGCCGAAUGUUACAGUGAACUAUGUUCAAUUCGCUUUCUCAUCAUGCGAUGAUACACAAUGUACCUAUCAUUUUGAUGCUCCCAAAAAUGAUCAAACAUUUUUGGCGACUGAAGAAGCGAUUAUUGCAGCUGAUCAGACAGAGUUUUCGAGUAUCAAGACAAUUGCGAAUACAAAUGAAGCUGCGGUUCAAAAGGCGAAUAAUGAAGCUGCUUUGAGAGUUCAAUCAUUGCUUGAUCAAUUGAAUGCGAUCCAAACGUAAGCUCUAUUUAUUGUCGAAGUUAAAGCUACUUCGUCAGUCGCGUGCGGCUGUGCGUCGCGGUCGAUAUCCCUUUUUCGUCUCGCGUCUCUUCUGCCAAUUUUUUCUCUCUCUAACGUGAAAUUUUGGAUUUUUUUUCCAAAUCAUUUGAUGCUCAUGUACGGUGCCAAAAUCGCACGAUGUUUUUGGCGCGAACUUCAAAAUAUGAAAACUUUUCAGCCAACUCGACACAAUCAACACAAACAUCCAACAAAUCGUCAAUAAACAACAAGAUGCUCGUAAUCGUCUUCAAUACGUCGAGAAUUUCAUCAAUCAAAUCAACAAUUCACCAAACACCUGUUACUAUCAAAGAUGUUUGAGACGUAGGUUGCCCAGGAUUUUUUUGGAGUUUUUAAAUUCAAAUAAUUUUUUCAGCAACACCACCUCCACCACCAAGUAAGAAGCUUCGAACUGAUUGUGAAUACUCCAGAAAUCGGAAAAAAAUGAAAAUUUUCAGCGACCACAACAACUCCAGCACCAACAACACCACCAUCUCCAUGUGUGAACUUUACUUGUCCAACUGAUACUGACACUUCUAAAAACUGUCAACUUGACGCUUUCAAUAAACCAUAUUGCACUGAUUGUAUCGGAAAUUAUGAUGGAUAUACACACUGCCUACAAAGUAAGUAUUUUUUUUCAAGAAUCAGAUAAAAAUGAGAGGUUUUCAGUCGCUUGCUCAUCUUCUGGAACAAACUUCACGUUUAAUAGCACAGCUGGUGCUGAUACUACAUUAUAUUCAUAUGGAUAUAACAGUUCGAAUCCAACUGGCUCGGUUAUUCCAAGAGGUAGUAAUUGUCAAUGGAAUUUGUUUGGGAAUGCAUUCACGGUAUAUCUAUCUUCAAUGAUUUACUAUAACAUUCUAUUUUAAGGUUGACAAUGGCUUUAAGUUGGAUUGUAUUGUAAAUGGGGCAAGUAUCAAUGUCAUUACAAAAGACUUCACUGCAUCGUUAGUUUUUUUUAAAUUAAAAUAUGAUUUUUUUUUAAAUUUAACUAUUUUACAGCUUAACCAAUGGAAUGCCACUUUGGAAGAUUAAUGCCAUCUUCAAUGACGCAGUUAAUCCACGUAUCAUUUUGACAACUGGAACAAACGCGAUUUCAACAUUCUGUUCGCUUCCAAUCAAACAAGGAUCAUCUUCUUCUGCUUCCUUCUCAAGAAAAAUUCAAAUUUCCCAAAAAUCUCAAGGGUAUUUCGGAUGGCUUUUGGGAUAUUAA